GUCGGUAGUGGAGACGUCCAUGGAAACGACGGAAUCCAGAGCCGACGCCUCCGACAACCCCAACAAUGGCUCCUCCGGCGACGACAACACUUCUCUCGAAAACAACCAUCCUCCUCCCCUCUUGCCUCCAACCUCUGCUCCUUCCCUUGUUGGUACGGAGUCGGACAACAUAUUUCCGGACUCAACCCUCCAAACCACCGGCGAAUCAAUUGAACUUCCGUUACCAGCUCCAGACAACGCCGACGCGGGUCUACCUGCACCACGAAAACGACGUCGUAGAAAGAAGCAAUUCCCGGAGAUGAUAUCCUCCGCCGCUGCCGUCAACGGUCUCCGCGUUAUUCGCCACAAAUCCGGUAACAGAUCAGCGGAAGAAAUAGACGGAUACGGAGACGAUGAUCCGUCGCGUCGCCGGAGGAUAUCGUCGGAUCUGGACGUUGAAUCGCUAAUUGCGAUAUCAGUCGGAUUCCCUGUCGAUUCUUUGACUGAAGAAGAGAUUGAAGCUAACGUCGUCAAAACAAUCGGCGGAACUGACCAAUCGAACUACAUCGUCGUUCGCAACCACAUUCUCGCACGGUGGCGAUCAAAUGUUGACAUUUGGAUGACCAGAGACCAUGCAUUCGAGUCUAUACGAGUCGAACAUACUAACCUGGUCGACUCAGCAUACUCGUUUCUGCUGGAACACGGUUACAUCAACUUUGGCCUUGCCGCCGCCGUGAAGGAAGCCAAAUUGAAGUCACCUGAGGGUUCUUCCAGAGGUGACGUCAUCGUAAUUGGCGCCGGACUCGCUGGACUGGUAGCGGCCAGACAAUUGAUCUUUCUAGGGUUUAAAGCGGUGAUUCUAGAAGGCAGGACGAGGCCAGGCGGUCGUGUUCGCACGAAGAAAAUGUCUGGUGGCGACUGCGUGGCCGCAGCAGACCUAGGCGGCAGCGUACUCACCGGAAUCAAUGGCAAUCCACUGGGAGUUCUAGCGAGGCAACUAGGGUUUCCCCUUCACAAAGUAAGAGACAUUUGCCCUCUUUACCUUCCCAAUGGAAAAACUGUAAACCCUGAAAUUGAUUCAAAAGUUGAAGCAUCAUUCAAUAAAUUGCUAGAUAGGGUUUGCAAGCUCAGGCAGUCGAUGAUGGAGGAAGCCAAAUCCAUUGAUGUUCCAUUAGGUACAGCUUUAGAAGCUUUCAGACAAGUUUACAGGGUUGCAGAGGACCCUCAAGAAAAAAUGCUAUUAGAUUGGCACUUAGCAAAUUUAGAAUAUGCAAAUGCAACAUUAAUGUCAAAUUUGUCAAUGGUUUUCUGGGAUCAAGAUGAUCCAUUCGAGAUGGGUGGUGAUCAUUGUUUCAUCCCGGGAGGAAACGAUAGGUUUAUCAGAGCAUUAGCUGAAAAUCUGCCCAUUUUUUACAAUCGAACAGUAGAAAGUAUAAGAUAUGGAUCUGAUGGGGUCUUAGUCUAUGCUAAUGGGAAAGAAUAUCAUGCUGACAUGGUUCUCUGCACAGUCCCGUUAGGCGUUCUCAAGAAAAGAUCAAUCGAAUUUGUCCCAGAUCUUCCUCAAAGGAAGAAGGAUGCAAUCGAGAGACUAGGCUUUGGGUUAUUGAACAAAGUUGCACUCUUGUUUCCUUAUGAUUUCUGGGGAGGAGAGAUCGACACGUUUGGGCAUUUAUCAGAUAAAUCGAGUAUGAGAGGUGAAUUCUUCUUGUUCUAUAGCUAUUCAUCUGUAUCAGGCGGGCCGCUUCUUGUGGCUCUGGUAGCAGGAGAAGCUGCAAUACAGUUUGAACAGAUGUCUCCCGUGGAAUCCGUUAAGAAAGUUAUGGAGAUUCUGAAAGGGAUCUUCAAUCCGAAAGGCAUUGCUGUUCCAGACCCACUUCAGGUUAUAUGCACUCGGUGGGGCCAAGAUCAGUUCACUUACGGGUCUUACUCUUAUGUUGGAAUUGGUUCAUCUGGAGAUGAUUAUGACAUACUUGCUGAAAGCAUCGGAGAUGGCAGGGUUUUCUUUGGUGGAGAAGCAACAAACAAACAGUAUCCAGCAACAAUGCAUGGAGCUUUCCUUAGUGGGUUGAGAGAAGCUGCUAAUAUGCUAAGAGUUGACAAAAGGAGAAGGUCAAAGUCAAACAACACAAACAGGUCACUAACUUUCCCAGAAAAGUGAAUCUGAUCAAGAAAUAUGAGUUAGGAAACUGUUUGAAAACCCUGAUUCUAGUUUUGGGAACCUCCGUGUUUUGACUGAUCUGGGGUCAGUCAAUCUUGAAUCCAGUUUCUUUGUUACGAGUUGGAUUCAAAUGGAAAUAACUUAGAUGCUAAGAGGAUGACAAUCAGCGGAUACUGAAUCAUGAUUACAACGUGAAGAUUGUUCGCUUAAUGGCUGCAUAAAAUCGGAUAUGGUUAAUAGAAAGUUUCUUGUUGCCUGCUAAAUGAGCCAGUGGAGAAGGAGUUGCUUACAAAUUUUCCAGAAGUUCAUGAAUACAGAAUUCGGGAGUAAAUCCUGGACCUGGCAUCCAUAAACGGAAACCCUAUAAGCCAUUACGUUCAUGGAAUGAAAGCAACCAACAGAUGAAGGCUACAUAAAAAGAAUCCAGUCGCAUUGUGGUUUGAAACUGCAUGCAUAGAUCCUUGAUUUGUUUAUGCGUUUUUCCCGUUACUAAUUAUUCAGUAAUGCAGCCAAUAAUCCAAUUUCUAGCCGUCGAUCAUGUUUACCUACGAUUCACAGUUUCCGGUGUUGAUCAAGCCUUUUUCUACUGGAUAAGGUAUUGUUCCAGUUUGGUUUUCAUUUCGAUUUUAAGGUAGUAAAAGAAUAUCUAACCUUUUUAAG